GUGCAUGGCAUGGUGUGUAGUGUCUGUGAUAGGCAGGGCGUUGAGCCGGGGCUGCAGGUCCCGCGGAUGGCAGGAGCUGCCAGGCUGGAGGGCAGCUUUUUAUGGAGGAGGUGGCUGCUGCUUGUUGUGAUCUGGGGUGCACCUGCCGCCCGGCCCUCACAGGAGGGACGUAUACUCAGCCCAGACAUCUGCAAGACAUUUGGGCUCAUUCGGAAGUUAUAGAGCCUCGCUGGUUAAGGCCACAAACUACAGGGAUUGAUAAUGGGAACAAGUAUCCAGCUAAUGUGGAGGUGUUAGUAACAGCAGAAGGAAGAGACUUAAUUCUGUCUCUACAGAGGAAUAUACUGCUUGUGUCACUGAAUUACACACAGACAUAUUACAGCCAGAAGGAUACACCUAUUACCUGGUCUCCAAACAUGACGGAGCACUGCUAUUACCAUGGUGUUGUUCAGGGGCAGACAGGAUCCAGUGUGGCAGUCAGCACCUGCUCAGGUUUACGGGGGUUAAUAAUAUUAAACAGCAAUGUCAGUUAUAUUGUGGAACCAUUAUCUGAUGCCAGUGGUAGACAUCUGAUUUAUAAAACUGAACAUCUGCAUCUCGGGGGACUGAAGUGUGGUCAACAGAACAAUGAAACAGAUGAUGGUUUAUUAGUACCCAUCAGUGAUAUGACAUAUCAUAAGCGGAUAAGGAGAGAUGAAGCUGAAGGAGACAGGUGUGUGGAGUUGUAUCUUGUGGCAGACUAUGCAGAGUUUCAGAAGAAUGACUUUGAUUUGGAUAAGACUCAGCAGAAGAUGCUGGAGGUGACCAACUAUAUUGACAAGUUUUACAGAGCUCUUAAAAUUCGCAUUGCUCUUGUGGGCCUGGAGGUGUGGACCGGUGGAGAUAAAUGUAAUGUGUCUGAGAACCCGUACAGCACACUGCGGUCUUUUCUGUCGUGGAGAAGAAAGCUGCUGCCGCAAAGACCUCAUGACAAUGCACAGCUUAUAACGGGACAAUCCUUUCAUGGUACGACCAUCGGGCUUGCACCCCUGCAGGCAAUGUGUUCUACAUACCAGUCUGGUGGGGUAAAUAUGGAUCAUUCUGAUAAUGCGAUUGGGGUAGCAGCUACCAUGGCUCAUGAGAUGGGACACAAUUUUGGAAUGAGUCAUGAUGGGGCCGGAUGCUGUUCAGCAAAGCCAGAGGAUGGGGGCUGCAUUAUGGCAGCGGCUACUGGACACCCCUUCCCUAAAGUGUUCAAUGCCUGCAACAGAAAAGAGCUGGAUCGAUUCCUGCGCUCCGGAGGAGGAAUGUGCCUUAGCAAUACACCUGACACCAAAACGCUGUAUGGUGGUGCACGUUGUGGUAAUGGCUUUCUGGAGGAAGGAGAGGAGUGUGACUGUGGAGAUAUUGAGGAGUGUGAUAACCCUUGCUGUAAUGCUACUACGUGCACACUACUAGCAGGAGCUGAAUGUGCACAUGGAACCUGCUGUCACCGCUGUAAAUUAAAACCACCAGGAUUCCCAUGUCGGAAGACUUCGAGAUCCUGUGACCUCCCAGAAUUCUGCACGGGACGAUCUGCUAUCUGCCCUCCUAACUCCUUCCAAAUGGAUGGAGCGUCUUGCCAAGGUGGGCAAGCUUUUUGUUACAAUGGAAGGUGCCUUACGCAUGAGCAGCAGUGUCGCCAACUCUGGGGAGCAGGCACACACACUGCUCCAGACCAGUGCUUUGAAAAGAUUAAUGCAGCAGGUGACCAGUAUGGUAAUUGUGGCAGAGACAUAAAUGGAGAAUACAGAAAGUGUGAAGCCAGGGAUGCAAAAUGUGGAAAAAUUCAGUGCCUAAGCUUGGCCUCCAAGCCCCUGGAAAACAAUGCAGUGGCAAUAGACACCACUAUAAUUAUGGAUGGAAGACGUGUACGUUGCAGAGGGACACACGUGUAUAGAGCACCUGAAGAAGAAGAUAUGAUGGAUCCAGGACUUGUACUUACUGGUACUAAAUGUGGCGAGAAUCAGAUAUGUUUUGAAGGGCAGUGUCGGAACACAUCAUUUCUGCAAGCUGAUGUAUGUGCUAAGAAAUGCAAUGGAAAUGGGAUCUGCAACAAUAACCAGAACUGCCAUUGCUUUGCUGGGUGGCAACCUCCAUUUUGUAACCAGUCCGGCAAUGGAGGUAGUAUUGACAGUGGACCAUUGCCUGCAGAAAGUUCAGUGAUGCCCUGGAUAUAUAUUCCCGGAGCGCUGCUAAUAGGGAUGGCUCUGUCUCUCAGCAUAUACUUCUACCAGUUCAGAAACAAGGGCAGACUGGCCAAAUCUACCAGCUCCAAUGCUGCAUGUGCCCCACAUAACAGUAAUGGACAAGUCAAACCCAGUCAUGGUUUUAUCUCUGGACAGAGACCUCUCAAGCAGACGUGUGCUCAGAGCCCAGUCUUGUUUCCGUCUAACCUGAAAAGAAACAAUGAAGCUGUAGCAGCACCAGAUUGCAGUAAAGGAAGUCCUGCUACUGAUGGUGCUGCAAAGAAAGUGCUUCCAGUGAGGAUACCUCCACCUAGCAGACCAGCGCCACGCCCUCCAGCUCACAUAGCUGUAAAGAGAUUAGACCCACCCAGAAGAGCUCCACCCCCGAUUCCUCCAACCAGGUCCAGACAGAAAGCCAAUAUGGGGGACCUUUGAUAUUCCAGGGGUUACCAAAAAGCCAUCUCUUGCAGGAACAAGAGAACCGGUGUAAAACAGUUCUGUGCCCUUAAAGAUGCUGUGACUCCAAGACAAAUCAGCAACUGUAUGGAGAUAAGGGGAAGGAUUAGAAAAAAAACAAUUUCAUAUUUUGUCAAUAGUAAUGACAUGAAGGCUUCAAAAAAUGUUUGAAUUUGUUUCUACAGUUUUUAUGUAUAGUGAUUUAAAGGGACAUUUAUAUCAUGCACAUGAAAGAGCACUUUUUAAAAUGUUAAAAUAUUUUUGAAGGAAAAAUGGAUUAAGUUAAAGCUGUUUAAACUGA